AUGGGCGCCGGCCGUGGUGCCCCCUCGCCGAGCGACGACCAACACGAGGGCGCAACGCAGCAAUCAGACCCUCCUACCGAAGUCUUGGAAGAAUGUAGGGAUGCGCCGACAUCGCGUGUCACCCUCCCACCUCCCCCCGAGCGCGUCUUCCCAAUCCGAUCCAUGCUGUCCGUCACGCCUACCUCAGCCCCGUCUUCGCCUCCGGACCCUUCCUCUCCGACGCGUGGAAUGCGGAGCUAUUCCAUCAUCGAUCAGGAAACCUGGGACCACAUCCAACUACAGAAUGAAUCCAACGCGGGGAUUGUCGCAACUACCUCAGCGCCUGACCAGGGUAACUCGGGCGAAAAAACACCAGACUCCCUCCAUGUCGCUCCUGAUAAUACGGCAAGCUAUAUAACAUCUCGCUUCCAGCAUGUUGCCACCCCUUCUGGUCAUGCUAUUCUCACGGGAAGAGGGGAACAAGCCGUCAUGGCGUGUGAUGAUGAACCAAUCCACAUUCCAGGGGCGGUACAGAGCUUCGGUGUGCUGCUGGCCGUUCGUGAAGUUUCCGAUGGCCAGUUCCAUGUCCAUGUCGCCAGUGAGAACUCGGAGGCCCUCCUAGGCUAUUCACCGAACGAACUUUUCGCGCUGAGUUCCUUUUGCGAUCUUCUUUCGGAGGAACAAACAGACCAAUUUCUAGACCACGUCGAUUUUGUCCGCGAUGAAGCCUAUGAUCCCGCUGCGGACGGCCCCGAUGUCUUCAUCCUAUCGAUCAAGAACCCGGACCGCGAGGCCGUACGGUUCUGGUGUGCGAUGCACAUCAACCCGGCCAACCGGGAAACCAUCAUAUGUGAAUUCGAGUUGGAAGAUGACCGGGUCAACCCACCGAACAUAUCGAGAAACUCUUCGCCCGGCACUCCGACGGAUACCCUUGGGAUGGAACCAUCAGCCGAAGCUUUCGCCGCCAGUACUGUGAAUAUCAGCCAGCCUCUCCGCCUUCUACGGAGCGCCCGUCGAAGACGAGGCGAAGAGGGUGCUAUGCAGGUCUUUAGUAUCGUCAGCCAGGUCCAGGAUCAGCUAGCUCAGGCACAGACGUUGGACACGUUGCUCAAUACGACUGUCGGACUAGUCAAGGAGCUCACCGGAUUCCAUCGGGUGAUGGUCUAUGAAUUCGAUGUCGACUGGAAUGGUCAAGUCGUGGCUGAAUUGGUCGAUCCUCGAAUGACCAAGGAUCUGUACAAAGGCCUCCACUUCCCAGCAUCCGAUAUCCCGAAACAGGCGCGCGAUCUUUAUCAAGUGAACCGGGUGCGGUUGCUCUACAACCGGGAUCAACUCAGUGCCCGGUUGGUAUGUCGCUCAGCAGAGGACUUGGAAACACCGCUGGACAUGACCCAUGGGUACCUGCGGGCCAUGUCACCCAUCCACAUCAAAUACCUCGCAAAUAUGGGCGUCCGCGCGUCCAUGUCCAUUAGCAUCAACGGCACGAAUGGGUUGUGGGGACUCAUUUCUUGUCAUUCCUAUGGGUCGUCGGGCAUGAGAGUGGCCUUCCCCAUCCGCAAGAUGUGUCGACUGGUCGGUGAUACGGUGGCGAGGAAUAUCGAGCGACUGUCGUAUGCCUCUCGCCUCCAGGCUCGAAAACUCAUCAACACGAUGCCGACCGACGCCAACCCGUCCGGCUAUAUCAUCGCUUCGUCCGAUGAUCUAUUGAAACUCUUCGACGCCGAUCACGCAGCCCUCUCGAUUCGCGGUGAGACCAAAUUGUUGGGCCCGUCGAGCGAUUCGCAUGAGUUGCUGGCUCUCGUCGAAUUUUUGAAAAUCCGCCGGCACAAUUCCGUUCUUUCGUCGCGAAAUAUCAGAAAGGACUUUCCUGACCUGCAUUAUGCUCCGGGUUUUAAGUCAAUUUCGGGUCUUCUCUACGUGCCUCUUGCGGCGGAUGGGGCAGACUUUAUGGUUUUCUUCCGCCGAGGCAAGCUGACUGAAAUCAAAUGGGGUGGUGAUCCACACGAGAAGAGAUUUGACAAUGGGAACCUCGAACCGCGCAAGAGUUUUCGCGUGUGGAAAGAGGUGGUUGUCGAUCAGUCUCGGGAAUGGACCGAUCAUGAAAUCGACACGGCUGCGGUCUUGUGUCUGGUUUACGGGAAGUUCAUCAAGGUGUGGCGCCAGAACGAGGACAACUCCCAGUUGACAAAGAUCCUUCUCGCCAACUCUGCUCAUGAAGUACGGACGCCAUUGAAUGCGGUCAUCAACUACCUCGAAAUUGCCCUCGAAGGGGCGUUAGACGUUGAGACGCGAGAGAACCUGACCAAGUCGUAUUCCGCGUCCAAAUCACUGAUCUACGUGAUCAACGAUCUGCUCGACUUGACAAAUACCGAAAAGGGGAAAGACCUCAUCAAGAAUGAACGUUUCGACCUUUCCAAGACCGUGAAGGAAGCGACCGAUAUGUUUGAGCGCGAAGCAAAGCGAAAGGGUAUCAAGUAUGCGGUCAUCAUUCACCCCGGGGUGCCGACGGCGGUUGUUGGAGAUCAGCGGCGUGUCCGGCAGGCCAUAUCUAAUCUCAUUUCGAACGCUGUUCAACACACGUCGUCCGGCGGUGUUACCGUGGAGGUGUCAGCCUCACAAGAAAGUGUGGAUGAACGUAAUGUGAUGGUUGAAAUGUCGGUCCUCGAUACCGGGUCAGGAAUGUCCCAUGAUAUGCUGGAGACGCUUUUCCGGGAGCUAGAGCAGGUCUCUGGCGAUGAAGAUGAAAGUGCUCUGCGUGACAUGGUCGAUAAGGAAGAAAAGGGGGUGUUGGGAUUGGGGCUGGCCCUGGUCUCUCGGAUCGUUCACAAUUGCCAGGGCCAGUUAAGCGUCAAAUCCGAAGAAGGGAAAGGGAGUCGAUUCAAAAUAUCACUCCAGUUCACUCUCCCUGACGACCCGGAAUUCGAGAAAGGUCCUGAGACAUCGGCUACCUCUGACGUGGAAGCAGCGGCGCCUCCCGGCGAGGAGUUUGUGCUCGUGGACAGCAGCUCCGCACGAAACGGACCGAGCCCGUGCGAUGAAAGCGGCACUUCCGGUCAGGAAAAGGAGGCGCCCUUCCCCAAGACCGACAUACCUCCUGCUGUGUCGAAUGAAUCCGGCCAGGAGACAACUGAGUCCACGUCUACCGACGGGCCAUCUGCGGGAGUGGCGAGCGACAGCAUCGAUCAGCCAAAGCCGGCAACGGAACCUUCCACGACUGUGCCUGCUUCUGCUUCCCAUUCAUCGGAGCCAGCUACAACGUAUCGCGUUCUUGUUGCCGAAGAUGACCCCAUCAAUGGGAAGAUUGUACAGAAGCGAUUAGGGAAGAUCGGCCAUGCGGUUCGCUUGACCGUGAACGGGGAGGAGUGCGCAGCUGCCUAUCGCGCGGAUCCAUCUGAGUAUGAUGUGGUGUUGAUGGAUAUUCAGAUGCCUCUCGUCGAUGGUAUGAGCUCGACUCGGAUGAUCCGUGAAUUCGAAAGCCAAUCUUCGUCCAACGUGCUCUCCCAAAUUGCCCAAUUGAAUGGACGGGUUCCGAUCUUCGCGGUUUCGGCCUCUCUCCUCGAGAAAGAUGCGUCGCUGUAUAUGGACACUGGGUUUGAUGGUUGGAUCAUGAAGCCGAUCAACUUCAGCCGUCUCAACACGGUGCUCGAUGGGUUGCAAAAUGCGGACGCCAGGAAUGGUGCCACCUACCAACCCGGACAAUGGGAAAACGGUGGCUGGUUCACCGCCCAGACGAAAAAAUGA